AUGGUCGCGCGCGCCGCGGACGCCGGCCGCUGCUACCGCGCCCGUCUCGCCGCGUUCGCCGGCCGCUACUGCGAUGCCCGUCUCGCUUGCCCGCGCCGCGUCCGCCGGCCACUGCUGCUACGCCCACCCCCGUCCGGCUCGCGCACGCUGCGUCCGCCGGCUGCUGCUGCCGCGCCCUCGCCCGCCCCCGCCCGGCUCGCGCGCGCCGCGUCCCCCGACCGCUGCUGCCGUGGCCGUCCCUCUCGCGCGCGCCGCGUACCUCGGCCGCACAUGCAUCGCCCGUCCCACUGGCACGCGCCGCGUCCUCCGGCCGCUGCUGCCGUGGCCGUCCCUCUCGCGCGCGCGCCGUACGCCGGCCAUUGCUGCAGCGCCUGUCCUGCUCGCGCGCGCCGCGUCCCCCGACUGCUACUGCCGUGGCCGUCCCUCUCGCGCGCGCCGCGUACCUCGGCCGCAGAUGCAUCGCCCGUCCCACUGGCACGCGCCGCGUCCUCCGGCCGCUGCUGCCGCGGCCGUCCCUCUCGCGUACGCCGGCCAAUGCUGCAGCGCUUGUCCCGCUCGCGCGCGCCACUUCCGCCAAAAAUAGCACUUCCGCCGGCCGCUGCUGCCGCGUACGGUGAGGACAACGCCGGCACGAGCUGGGAUGGGGCCGGCGGAGGCAGUGAGGAUGCAAGCCGGGACGGGGCGGGUGGAAGCGGAUCCGGCCGCACAGUUGGGGAAGCCAGCGGGCGGAGGUGGCGCAAGCGCGUGGGCGGAGGCGGCUCCAGUGCACGUGUCGAGGCGGCGCUGGCCGCCGGCCCUUCCUUCCACUCGAGCGGGCGGAGGCAGAUCCGGUCGCACGGGAGGGGAAACCGGUCUGCCGCUGGCCGGGGGUGCGCCACGACUACGCCGGAACCGGGCCGCGCCCGCGCACGAGUCCGAGCCACGCCGACGCUCGGGCUGGGGCCGAGGCCGGUCCGUCGCCUCGACCCGCGCCGGGGCCGGACUGCCGCCUCGACGCGCGCCGACGCCGGGGCCAUACCGCGGCCUCGACCUGCGCCGCCGGGCGGGCCGACUCCGGAGCCCGACCGCCUUGACCCGCGUGGCCGCGCCGCGUUGCCGAAAGAGAUGAGAGAGACGAGGGUGGGAAGAAAGAGAUAA